CUAGCCUGUUGUUGGCCAAAAGGCCGGCAUCAUAAUUUUAAAAGACUCGUACGCAAAGGAGUGGAGCCGGAUGAAAACUGGUACAUCCAUGGAGUUGUGGUGCUAAAGGAGUGCUCAACAUAUGACAAGGCCCUGAGGGUACUGAAAAGGGCAGAAGAAGACGAGGCACUGGACACCACGGAUGGUGGAGUGGAGCGUGGAUCACCAGGUGACCGUCACUUCCACAGGCGGCCACUUUCCACCCAACAGGCGACGUCGCUGCCUGCACCACCUUCAUCGCCAGUUGCCACUGACGCCGCAAGGUCAAGCUUGGUUUUUGACCACCAACUGCCUGCAACGGCUUCUAUGAUCACAGCUCCACCUACCAAUGAUGCGGGAAGGCCGGCAAGCUGCGCUUCAGACUGCCAACCACACCCUCCAGCAACAGUUCCUGCACUCACAGGCUUUGAGUCACAGGUACUAAAGCUGCUCUUGGAGCAGCGCCAGCAGCUCCGUGAGCUGUCGCAACAGAACACAGCCCUCAAGGAAAGCCAGGAGGAGCUGUGCCUGCGGCUGGCCCAGCUGGAGGGCCAACUUCCGAGGAGGACUGAGCCAGCUGGAGAGGCAAUUCAGCUGCCUCUGUUCUCCCUGGAGGAUUUCCAGGCCGCGGAGGAGGUCCUCCAAGAUGGUGCCUCAAGAAAAGCUUUGAGAGCUCGGUUUGUUCUAAUGGGUGGAACAAGUGUGAAGGAUGCGGUUCGCUGCAUCAUGGAGCGAACCCUGAAAAAAGAAGUUCAGGCGCAUUUUACUUUCGUGGGGCGGCAGGGGAAGCAGCCAUUUAAAGGAACGAAGCUGUUUUCCGUCAUCAAGGCUGCUGUCCAAAAAAAAAACGAAGGCGGCUGACACGGAGGUAGAGGCGGCCACCCGGGUCUACCUCUACGGUGUGAAGGACCGGGAGGGCGGGCGGCGUUCCCGCUUUUUGGAAGCUGUAGAUGCUGCAGCUUCGAGGAGGAUUGCAGCAUUGAGCGAGGCUCCAGCUUCGAACAACGCUGUAGCCUCGGGCGAAGCUGCAGCCUCGUUCGAUGUUGUGGACCUCUUCGAGGUUGCCGCAUCCGGUGGCUGGAGCGACGAAGAUUUCUAAGAAUAAAACCCGUGACCA